CCUGCAGUUACAGGACACUUAGAGAUCUAUCCACCAGUGGUGAUGUAUGGACCUUAGUUUGAUUCUGAUUGGAACAAACUAAAAAAUAGACAACGGGGGAAAUUUGGACAUUGGCUGAAUAUUCACCCGUGGUGUACACCCAUGUAACUCGUCACCCUGUUCAAGAUCUAGAAAGUUCCUCCAUGUCCUUUCUCAGUCACUACACCCUGAAUAUCCCAAGAUGACCCGCUUUGUAAAGGAGAAAACAAACAGUUCAGCAAUGUCACCUUCUUCAUCUUUGGACCUCUCAUGAUGUUUCUGAUGCACCCAUAUGCCCAGAAACGCUCCCGCUACGUCUACGUCGUCUGCACCCUCUUCAUGAUCAUAGGCCUUUUCUCCAUGUACUUUCACAUGACGCUCAGCUUCCUGGGCCAGAUGCUGGACGAGAUCGCUAUUCUGUGGCUGCUGGCCAGUGGCUACAGCAUAUGGAUGCCCCGCUGCUACUUUCCUGCCUUCCUUGGGGAGAGCAGGUCCCAGUUCAUUUGCCUGGUCAUCACUGCCACCGUGGUCAGUACCUUCCUGUCCUUCCUGAGGCCCACGAUCAACGCGUACGCCCUCAACAUCAUCUCCCUGCACAUCGUCUACAUUGUGUUCCAGGAGUACAAGAAGACCAGAAACAAGGAGCUUCGGCAUGUAAUUGAGGUCUCUGUGAUUUUCUGGGCUUUUGCAUUGACCAGCUGGGUCAGUGACCGCUUGCUUUGCAGUUUCUGGCAGUGGAUUAAUUUCUCCUACCUGCACAGCAUCUGGCACGUGCUCAUCAGCAUCACCUUCCCCUAUGGCAUGGUCACCAUGGCCUUGGUGGACGCCAGGUACGAGAUGCCACAUGAAACUCUCAAAAUCCGAUACUGGCCUCGGGACACUUGGCCAGUGGGGCUGCCCUACUUGGAGGUCACUGACGACGAGAAGAGCUGCUGAGAUCUGCCGGCCUCUUACUACCCAACCACCUGCGUGAUUUUGUUUUUGUUUUUGUUUUCAGGACCACACCCACGGUGUAUGGAAGGUCCCAGGCUAGGGGUCAAAUUGGAGCAGCAGCUGCCGGCCUAUACCACAGCCACAGCAA